UGCCGACGACGACCAUCUCAAACGGUUGUGUCGAGCUUCCCUCUCGUCGUUUCUUUCGGCUCGGAUUCCAAACCACGGAUUCGAAACACGCGCGGCCUCUUCCUUUUACAUCUUCCUAGAUGUAAAAGGUUCGCCAGCCUUUCUCGUUCGUCGUUUCUUUGUCGACUUGUUGCGUGUUCGCUAAUUUGUACACGCGCGUGCAGUUUGGUUCAACGACGAGCGCAACGAUAUCGGAGGAAAGAGAGAAAUUCGCCGUGAAAUUCCUCGCGGGAUAUCGUUAGCGUAACGAGCGAGUGUUGUUCCAUUGUGCGCGAGCUUUAGCUCUACGGCAAUAAUAAUCGGGACGAGUUCUAUGUAUUUACGAGCAGAGAGGGAAACGCAACGAGAAGAACAGAAGUUCGAUCGAGCCACCUGAUCACCGGUCUAAUUUAAAACCGCGCGCGCGACGCGCAGAGGAAAAAAAAAAAAAAAAAUAGAAGAAGGAACGAGGUAACCGCCCAGGAAUAACGAGCGAGAGGGAAAAAAGAAAGCUCGCGAGCCGCGCGUUUGCAGUGCCGGAGAUCAAAGUUGCGAUCGUACGGGGGCGUCGCGGAAGAAGCGGAGCGAGAGUGGGAGACACGCGGUUGCCCUGACGAACAACACGAUCGAGAAUUCGCGAGGAAGAUUUAGACAAAGCAGACGGCCGGUGGAAUUCGAAGGAAUUCGAAGGACGCGCGAACGAAAGAGGGGCGGCGAACGAAGGGACAAAGAGUUGCUUCAAGAGCGUUGCGAAAAAAAAGAAAAAGAAAAAAACGUCGGCUCGUUUUGUUAAUCAAAGGAUUUCGGCGCGGCUCGCCGACGUGACCGGACUAAUAACGAGCACGUGUGACUAAUAAGAAAAAAGGAUCGACCCGAGACAGAAACUUCCUUUCGAGAAGGAAGCCCUUGGAAAAGGAUCUUCGUUCUUUCAUCUUUCUGCGGGAGGAUCGGUUCAAAGUUAUCGUCCCGUUGGAACGCGAUUGUCGAUGUUGGAACGAGAAUAUUUUCUUGAAAUUCUUGGAAUACCCGCGACAGAGUUGUCUGCUGAACGCUCCUCUGCUCGCACCUUUGACAUGGCAGACGAUCGUGCGUCGAAAGAUCGAUCAUCGCGGCGAUCGAGCGCCGUUGGAACCGGACGAGGCGAGAACAGCGACGCCGUGUAAUCGGCGUUCUCAGAUUGUCGUUCGAUAGAGAUCGUUGAGUGGAUCCAGCGACGCGUGGACACACCUGGAUCGCGCACGAUCGAAUGACUCGGAAGGUGUGGAUCGGACGUGGCUGGUGGGUGGCGCGUCAACUCGAACACCUGAUUCUCGGUUGCCGGUUCGAGAUGCGGCUCACGUCCGGACACGUGUUUCUGACAAGUUUGCUGAUACUGCUCCGUGCGCGUCGAGCGGACGCAGCUACCGACGAUUCGCCCGAAUUUUCGAGCAAGGGCUCGACUCACGCUCUCACGGCACCGCUACGGUUGGUGUGGGCCAUCGAGGGCAAAGACGCCGAAUUACCAUGCGACAUCACUCCACCGACGCCCACCGACUCCGUGAACAUGGUGCUCUGGUUCAAAGACACCGCUGGGAUACCUCUUUACAGUUUGGACGCGAGAGGCAAGGACCUUGCCUCCGCCAUUCACUGGGCGGUCAGCGACGAUCUCGGCAAGAGGACCUACUUUCAGAUCGGCGAUGGCCAUCGAGCGAAGCUCAAAGUUACCAAGGUCACCGUCCAGGACCAAGGAAUCUUCAGAUGCAGGGUAGAUUUUAUCAAUUCUCCGACGAGGAACUUCCGCGUGAAUCUCACGCUUGUCGAAGAACCAUCCAAACCUACGAUAUACGACGCUCAGGGACGAGAGGUGAAACGAGUGGCUGGUCCCUUUUUGGAAGGUUACAACCUAGACUUGACCUGUCAGGUCUCCGGGGGAAGGCCAAAGCCCACGGUAGUGUGGUGGAAAGACGGCAAGAUAUUGGACGCUGUGGUUGACACACAUUCAAUUGGCUCGUCCAGCAAAUUCACGGUGAAUCGUCUGUUCAUCAACGAGGUGACGAGAUCGUUGUGGGGCACGAAGCUCGAGUGCAGGGCCCAGUCGGAGCAGAUGCCCGUUCCGAUCAUCCGCGAAGUACCUCUGGACAUUUACCUGAAGCCCGCGAUCGUCAAGAUCGUCCUGAUAGAAAAUCGGAUUUACGCCGGGCGUCCGAUCGCUGCACGUUGCGAAACCUGGGGAAGCUCACCGGCUGCCAGGAUCAUCUGGAAGUUAGGUGGACAGGUGAUAGGCGAUCCGAACGUAUCGACCACGCAGCGAAGCAAUUCCACGAUUAGCAAGCUGGCACUGGUUCUCGGGAAGGACGAUAACGGCAAGAAAUUAACCUGCAGAGCCGAGAAUCCCAGAUUUCCCGGCGGUGUCUUUGAACAAUCUGAGAGUCUGGACGUUGCCUACGCUCCGAUUGUUUCUAUCGGUCUGGCUACUGGUUAUGUUCUGGAUACUCUCAGAGAAGGGGAUGAUCUGAAGUUGGUGUGCGAUGUGGAGAGUAAUCCACCACCGACUAGAAUCAUUUGGUAUCACAAGGACGAUCGAUUGGAGCACGACGUGGCUGGCGGAACGUUGAUAGCCUCGAACACAUUGACACUGAGGGUGCUCACCCUCGCGCACGCCGGCGAGUAUUCCUGCGAGGCGAUCAACUCGGUGAGAGAGGGUCGGAGCCCGCCGAUUUUCGUUCAGAUGAAAUACGCGCCGAGAUGCAGAGCGGGCCACGAGCGGCGCGAGGUCACAGCUGGUCGUCACGAAACCGUGUCGCUGCGCUGCGAGGUCGACGCCGUGCCGACGGACGCGGUGAGGUUCUCCUGGACGUACAACGGGACGCGCGGCGACGUGUUGCCGAUGCCAAACUCCAGGGCUCGGAAUAACGGGCUCGUUAGCGUUCUCGAGUACACUCCUGCCGCUGACACCGACUUCGGAACUCUGGCCUGCUGGGCGAGCAACAGCGUCGGCAGACAAAGAACGCCCUGUGUGUUCGACAUCGUGCCCGCAAAGCCACCGCAGCCUCCGUUCGAUUGUUCUCUGCACAACGAGACCAACUCGUUGGAGGUGAAUUGCAUCCCCGGCGAGGACGGUGGCUCCCAGCAAUACUUUCUGCUCGAGGUACGAGGUAUCCCGAGGAACACCGCCGUCGUUCAGUCGAACCCGUCGACGCUGCACGCGCCACAAAGCGAUCAGGGAAUGGUCGGCGAGGUGCCGGCGAUCUAUCAGGAGAGAAAUCCAAGGCCGAACUUUCAGCUGCACGGUCUUGAACCUGGCUUCGAUUACACGUUGUACGUGUACGCGGUGAACGGGCGAGGAAGGAGCGAGCCGGCGUUGCUGGAGCACGUCCGAGUCGCCGGAGUUAUCGGCGGGAAAAUCGAAAGGAACGGCUUGUUCCUGGAGGAUCUGAAGAAGGCGCUCCCCAAGGCCAGCUCGGAAAAUAUGAUCAUCGCUAUCGCCCUGACAGGUGCGGCGGCUUUGAUCCUGAUUGGUAUCGGGGUGAUCAUCGGGUUGGCUAUCUGCAGGAGAAGGACCACGUCUCCGGUCAAAGACGGCCCGGACGAUUUCACCACUCCCACCUACGUUUCUGCUCAAAGGAUCGAGCCAAGGAUCAGAUACUCGGGCGAUGGCAGGCGUUCUCAAAGAGCCAGCUUGUACGUCGAGGAAAAUCGAAACGAGCCGGAUCUUCUGCAGAGAGUCGAGAUCGACUUGCACGAUUAAUCGCUCACGAUGCGGCUGCCGCUUUAUUUUGUACAGAGUUUAGAGAGAGGUAAAAGUAUACAAAACGAUCGUCGUUGUGCGUUGUCGGAUUGCGGGUUUUUAUGCGUUCGUGGAAAAUUUAUACGUACGAAAAUGCAUAAAAUAUAUAUAAUACACAAAAUA